AUGAAUAUGAACAACAUGAAAGGCAAGAUACACCAGAUGUUGGAAGCUAGGAUAGCCCAGUCAAAGAAUAAUUUUCAACAUGAAUUCAUAGAGAAUGUUGGUUCCUCAUCAGGCUUUACUGUAAUUACCAACCCAAUGUAUGACCCUCUGCCUGACUAUAAUCCUCCACAACUGAAUAUUCCUACUCAAUCCCAGUUGAUGCCAUUGACCAAUCCUGAUGUUGAAAGACUUUGUGCCCUUGAGGAGAGAGUCCGAGCAACGAAUGUGAAUGACAAUUUUAGGCUCGAUAUGUGCUUAGUUCCAGGCCUAGUGAUCCCUCCGAAAUUCAAAGUACCCAACUUGGAGAAGUAUAAAGGGGAUAGUUGUCCAAGGCAAAAUUUGGUGAUGUUCUUCCGAGAAAUGGCAUCACAUACUCAUGAUGAUAGGCUGAUGAUUCACUGUUUUCAGGACAGUUUGAUUGGAGCAUCGUUGAACUGGUAUAUGAAAUUGAAAAGAAGCCAUAUUCAAUCAUGGGAAUAUUUAGCCAAUGACUUUUUGAAGCAUUAUAACUACAACUUGGACAUUGCUCCUGACCGAAGGCAACUUCAAAGCUUAUCCCAAGAGAGUAACGAAUCUUUCAAAGGAUAUGCACAACGAUGGAGAGAAUUGGCAGCCCAAGUGCAACCACCACUUUUGGAUAAAGAAUUGGUUGACUUGUUUAUGGAUACCUUGUAG